AUGCCGGGGUGCCGCAUCAGCGCCUGCGGCGCAGCGCCCCGCCCGGGGGAGCCGCCGCCCCCUCCCCCUGCCCUUCCCCCGCCCUCCUCUCCCGCGUCUUCGGACCCCGCGGAUGAGCCGGGCUCCCCGCCUCCGUCGCCACCCCCUCAGCCCCCUCCGCAGCCCCAGCCCGCAGCUCCCGGGACCACGACCGCGACCGCGGCGGCUGCCGAGCCAGCGGAGAAGGGCGCGGGGCGCGGCUUGGAGCUGCAGCGCUGGCGGCCCGGGGGGCACGGCGCGGCGGGCGCGGCAGCGGCGGGCACCCGGGCGCUGGAGCUGGCUGAAGCCCGGCGACGGCUGCUGGAGGUGGAGGGCCGGCGGCGCGUGGUGUCGGAGCUGGAGAGCCGGGUGCAGCAUCUCCAUCGCGUCUUCCUGGCGGCCGAGCUGCGCCUGGCGCACCGCGCCGAGAGCCUGAGCCGCCUGGGCGGCAGCGUCUCCCAGGCCGAGCUCUACCUGGCGGCCCACGGGCAGCGGGCCAAGAAGGGGCUGCGGCGCGGCAAGCGGCCCCGCCCGCCGGCCCUGCUCGCCUCGGCCCUGGGCCUGGGCGGCUGCGUGCCCUGGGCCGCCGGCCGCCUGCGGAGGGCCGGGGCCGGGCCCGCCGCCGCUUCCCCCGAGCCCGACUCCCCCUUCCGCCGGAGCCCGCCCCGAGGCCCGGCCUCCCCCCAGCACUGA